AUGCCAGGCCUGACUCUCCCGGGCCUCGUGACUCUCUCGGGCCUCGGAGCAGGCACCCCCAGCUGCUUAUCCCAGCAGCUCAGGAUGCAAGGGGACUAUGUGCUGGGCAGGCUCUUCCCCCUGGGCGCAGCCGAGGAUGCAGGUCUCGGCGACAGGACUCAACCUGGUGCCUCUGUGUGCACCAGGUUCUUGUCCCUUGGCCUGCUCUGGGCGCUGGCCAUGAAGAUGGCUGUGGAGGAGAUCAACAAUGGGUCUGCCCUUGCCGGGCUGCACCUGGGCUACGACCCCUUUGGCACGUGUUCAGAGCCCGUGGUGGCCAUGAAGCCCAGCCUCAUGUUCAUGGCCAGAGCGGGCAGCUGCGACGUUGCUGCCCACUGCAAUUACACGCAGUACCAGGCCCGUGUGCUGGCUGUCACCGGACCCCACUCAUCCGAGCUCGCCCUCGUCCCCGGCAUGUUCUUCAGCUUCUUCCUCAUGCCGCAGGUCAGCUACGGUGCCAGCAUUGACCGGCUGAGCAACCGGGAGAUCUUCCCGUCCUUCUUCCGCACGGUGCCCAGCGACCGCGUGCAGGUGGUGGUGACGGUGGAGCUGCUGCAGGAGCUCGGCUGGAACUGGGUGGCCGCCGUGGCGGUGACGAGUACGCCUCAGGGCCUGAGCCUCUUCUCCAGCCUGGCCAACGCCAGGGGCAUCUGCAUUGCGCACGAGAGCCUGGUGCUGCUGCCGCACGCGGGCAGCCUGCGGCUGGGCACCGUCCAGGACCUGCUGCACCAGGUGGACCAGAGCAGUGUGCAGGUGGUGGUGCUGUUCUCCUCCACCCAUGCCGCCCGCACCCUCUUCAGCUACAGCAUCCACUGCAAGCUCUCGCCCAAGGUGUGGGUGGCCAGUGAGGCCUGGCUGACCUCGGACCUGGUCAUGACACUGCCCGGCAUGGCUGAGGUGGGCACCGUGCUCGGCUUCCUACAGCAGGGCGCCCUGAUGCCCGAGUUCCCAUCCUACGUGUGGACCUGCCUGGCCCUGGCUGCCGACCCCGCCUUCUGCGCCUCCCUGGAUGCUGAACAGCCUGGGGAGCACGUGGUGGGGCCACGCUGCCCCCAGUGUGACCACAUCACGCUGGAGAACAUAUCUGCGGGGCUGCUGCACCCCCAGACCUUCGCUGCCUACGCGGCCGUGUACGCCGUGGCCCAGGCCCUCCACAACACACUGCUCUGUGCAGCCCUGGCAGCGCCCCCACUGGCUCCAGCCCACCCCCAGCUCCUGGAGAACAUGUACAACACCAGCUUCCACACUCGCGGCCUGGAGCUGCGGUUCGAUACCAGCGGGAACGUGAACAUGGACUAUGACCUGAAACUGUGGGUGUGGCAGGACCCGACGCCCAAGCUGCACACUGUAGGAGCCUUCGAUGGCCGCCUGGAGCUCUGGCAGUCCCAGCUGCCCUGGCACACGCCUGGGGACCAGGCACCCGUAUCCCAGUGCUCUCAGCAGUGCUGAGUGAAGGGCUUCCACUCCUGCUGUUACGACCGCGUGGACUGCAGGGCCGGCAGCUACCAGCGCAGCCCAGAUGACCUCCUCUGCACCCAGCGUGACCAGGACCAGUGGUCCCCAGACCGGAGCACACGCUGCUUCCCCCGCAGGCCCACGAUCCUGGCGUGGGGGGAGCCAGCUGUGCUGGUACUGCUUAUACUGCUGGGCCUGGCGCUGGGCCUGGCGCGGGCAGCCCUGGGGCUCUUCAUCUGGUACUGGGACAGCCCGCUGGUUCAGGCCUCAGGCGGGCCACGGGCCUGCUUUGGCCUGGCCUGCCUGGGCCCCGUCUGCCUCAGCAUCCUCCUGUUCCCCGGCCACUGCCUGUCCCAGCAGCCCCUGCUCCACCUUCCCCUCGCUGGCUGCCUGAGCACACUCUUCCUGCAGGCGGCCCAGAUAUUUGUGGGUUCGGAGCUGCCACCCAGCUGGGCAGAGCAGCUGCGUGGCUGCCUGCAGGGGCCCCGGGCCUGGCUGGCGGUGCUGCUCGCUCUGCUGGCGGAAGCGGCGCUGUGUACCUGGUACCUGGCGGUCUUCCCGCCGGAGGUGGUGACGGACUGGUGGGUGCUGCCCACAAGCGCUGGUGCAUGCCGCGUGCGCUCCUGGAUCAGCUUCGGCCUGGCGCAUGCCAAUGCCACGCUGGCCCUCCUCUGCUUCCUGGGCACUUUCUUGGUGCAGAGCCGGCCAGACCACUACAACGGCGCCCGCGGCCUCAUUUUUGCCAUACUGGCCUACUUCGUCACCUGGAUCUCCUUUGUGCCCCUUGCCAAUGUGCACGUGCAGAUGGGCGCCAUCCUCCUCUGCGCCCUGGGCAUCCUGGCCACCUUCCACCUGCCCAAGUGCUACCUGCUGUUGCGGCGGCUGGAGCUCAAACCCGAGUUCUUCCUGGGAGAUGAUGCUAGAGGGCAGGGCAGCAGUGUACCGGGGGAAAGGAGACUCGGGGCAAAAACAAGUGACCCCUGA